GAAGCGCUUCCCCUCUGGGCUGCGGGCUGUCUUUCCAGGGCUCCAGUGCUCCCGCCCACGGGUAUUAGAGGCCCAAGGCGGCUCCUAAGCUUUGGUCCAGCCUCUGCCUGCUCUGGGUUGCUGCACAGAGACUCCGGGCUCGCCAUCAUGGAUUCUCUAUCAAAAGCCAAUGGCACCUUUGCCUUAAAUCUUUUAAAAGUGCUGUGUGAAGACAACUCAAGGAAUGUGUUUUUCUCACCUGUGAGCCUCUCCUCCUGCCUGGCCAUGGUUCUCAUGGGAGCCCAGGGAAACACCGCAGCCCAGAUGGCUAAGGCGCUUUCUUUUGAUGAAAGUGACAAUGGAGGUGUGGACGUCCACCAGGGUUUCCAGCAGCUUCUCAGUGCAUUGAACAAGCCUGACGCGCAGUACUUGCUGAGGACGGCCAACAGGCUCUUCGGGGAAAAGUCUUACGAGUUCCUCUCUUCCUUUAAAGAUUGUUGCUGCAAAUUCUACGAAUCAGAGAUGGAAGAGCUUGAUUUUAUGAAUGCUACAGAGGAGUCCAGAAAACACAUCAACACUUGGGUAGAGAAAAAGACAGAAGGUAAAAUUACAGAAUUGCUGUCUCCAGAUUCAGUGAGUUCACUGACUAAACUAGUUCUGGUCAAUACCAUCUACUUCAAAGGAAACUGGGAAAAGCAGUUCGAGAGAGAGAGUACCAGGGAGAGGCCAUUCAAAGUCAGCAAGGUGGACACACACUCCUGCGGCUGCCUGUGCUGUCACCGCCGUGCCGUGCUGGAUGUAGUAAAACCUGUGCAAAUGAUGUAUAUGAAAUCGACUUUUAAAAUGACCCAUGUAAGAGAAAUAUCCACCACAAUCCUGGUGCUGCCCUAUGUCGGCCAGGAGCUGAACAUGGUCAUCAUGCUUCCAAAUGAAAACACUGACCUGAAAACGGUGGAAAAAAAAAUUACUUACGAGAAAUUCUUAGAUUGGACCAGGGAAGAUAAGAUGCAUGAAAAAGAAGUGGAGGUUUUCCUCCCUAGGUUUAAGCUGGAGGAAAAUUACGACAUGGGGGCCGUCCUCCGCAGGCUGGGCAUGACCGACGCCUUCGAGCAGGGCAGCGCAGACUUCUCCGGAAUGUCGUCCAGGAGAGACCUGUUCCUGUCCAAGGUCGUGCACAAGUCCUUUGUGGAGGUCAACGAGGAGGGCACCGAGGCCUCGGCGGCCACUGACACCAUGGUGACGUUUGGCUUAAGCAGCUUUACACUCAUCUUCAAAGCCGAUCGCCCCUUCCUGUUUUUCAUCAGGGAGCAACAGACCAAUGGGAUCCUGUUUGCUGGCCGGUUUUCCUCCCCGUGAGGAUCCCCGCAUGCAGCCCUUCUCUUUUUUUCCUGCUGCCAUCUUUCCCUCUGACACUCCUCUUGUGCCUCACACCCAAGUGACCUUACCAGUUGUGUGACAACAGUUCAGAAAUAACAGUCCUGAUUGUGGAAUCCUGUUUUAAGAACCUCCAUUCUGUGUGCUCAUCUAGGAGCUGGUUUUCUAGCAUCUGAAACUCCCAACCUCCUUCUGCAGUCUGUGGUCACACUGGCAGGGGAGCUCUGCUCCUUAGCUGCCUCCCGCAUGGACCCCAUGUCGUCACUGUGGGGGGACAGCUCCCCUUGCUGUGGGUCACCCCUCCCUCCCCACCAGGCCCAGGGAGACAAAAGUGAUGCUGCUUGCACUUUUCUACAUUUAGCAAGAGAAUAGAGGGCUAUAGAAGUCCCAGAGGACAGUGACUCAGACCAAAAAGAACUCUGUCUUCUCUCUUGCUUGCCUUCCUGCUUUCCUGGGGAUCAGCAGGUCAGAGGUCUAUUCAGAUGCCUGCCCACUGCCCACUUCUGCCUCAUCAGCCACAGACAACACAAUGGAACUUGUGGAAGUGUCAGAAAAGCAAUUCAGAAUAUAUGUA